AAUCUGUGAGAAGUUUCUACGAUGGUUUGCUCAGCUCUAAGGAGGGUCAUCCAUGUACACAUUUGCUUGGCGAGGAAGGCCAGCCAUGCCCGCAGAGGCUAUCAGCAUCAGGCAAGGGACUCCAGGCCAGCUGCAUCAGUAUUGCCUGCCCAAGUGGCUCCUGGCAGUGUGGUAGAGCUGUUGGGCAAAUCCUACCCUCAGGAUGACCACACCAACCUCACUCAGAAGGUCCUUUCCAAAGUGGGCCGGAAUCUGCAUAACCAGCAGCACCACCCUCUGUGGCUGAUCAAGGAGAGGGUGAAGGAGCACUUCUACAGGCAGUAUGUGGGCCGCUCUGGUACACCACUGUUCUCUGUCUAUGACCACCUUUCCCCAGUGGUCACCACCUGGCAGAACUUUGAUAGCCUACUCAUCCCAGCUGAUCACCCCAGCAGGAAGAAGGGGGACAACUAUUACCUGAAUCAGACUCACAUGCUGAGGGCACACACAUCUGCACACCAGUGGGACUUGCUGCAUGCAGGGCUGAAUGCCUUCCUGGUGGUAGGCGACGUCUACCGGCGUGACCAGAUCGACUCCCAACACUACCCAGUUUUCCACCAGCUGGAGGGUGUCCGGCUCUUCUCCAAGCACGAGUUAUUUGCUGGUAUACAGGAUGGAGAAAGCCUGCAGCUCUUUGAACAAAGCUCUCGUUCUGGCCAUAAACAAGAGACACAUACCAUGGAGGCCACAAAGCUCAUGGAGUUUGACCUUAAGCAGACACUUACCAGGCUUGUGACACAUCUUUUUGGAGAUGGGUUGGAGAUAAGAUGGGUGGACUGCUACUUUCCUUUUACUCAUCCUUCCUUCGAGAUGGAGAUCAACUUUCAUGGAGAAUGGCUAGAAGUUCUUGGCUGUGGGGUGAUGGAACAGCAACUGGUCAAUUCAGCUGGUGCUCAAGAUCAAAUCGGCUGGGCUUUUGGCCUAGGCUUAGAAAGACUGGCCAUGAUCCUCUACGACAUUCCCGAUAUCCGUCUCUUCUGGAGUGAAGAUGAGCGCUUCCUGAAGCAGUUCUGUGUUUCAGACAUUAAUCAGAAGGUGAAGUUUCAGCCUCUUAGCAGAUACCCUGCUUUGAUAAAUGAUAUUUCAUUCUGGUUGCCCUCUGAGAAUUACGCAGAGAACGACUUCUAUGAUUUAGUCCGAACAAUUGGAGGAGACCUGGUGGAAAAGGUUGAUCUUAUAGACAAAUUUGAACAUCCAAAGUGAGAGAGAGAAACAGAGAGAAGAGAGGAGAGGAGAGAGAGACAGAGACAGAGACAGAAUAUGUAUGUGGGUAAGACAAAGAACUGAAAUAAUAAUCUAGCUUUGAUCAAAACUCCUUGUUAAGGUAUUCCCUUUGAAAAUGAUGUUUAAUCAAUAAACUCUACCACAGUGCAUUGAGGAGUAAUUAUCUUACACGUGUUUCAAUUGAAGCUGUGAUUAGAAUAAGAGGGGAGGUAAGAGGGGCAUAAAACAAAUAUAAGAAGGAAAAUUCUCAAAUAGGAGCUGAAAUGUGCAGACUGUGGGAUAUUUAAUAAGCAUGAGGCUUGUUCCAGAUAGUGAUGUUGGUACUCCUGCUUUUGCUUGGUACACUUUUUCCCUACUUGGGGCAGCAUUAAUGGCACUAACAGUGAUGUCAAGGUAACUUAUCAUAUGCUUAUAGCCAUAUACCUUUAUAUCCAAAUCCUUAUAUCCUUAUCCAUAUAUCCUUAUAUCAAAAAAUGGAGCUGGUGCUGGCACUUAGAUGUUCUGGUCCCAGGUAGGUUGGAGAAGCUACACCUGGUCACCAGAAGUUUCUUCUCCAUAGUAGUUAGAAGCCAAUCUUCAAGCAUGGCCUGCCUGGCACAGUCUAUAAGUCCAACCAAUAGUUGAACCUGGGUUUUACUAAUUCAAGAUGAGAUACCAGCAUCCUGUAAAAGAGAAUAGAAGACUUUGGAUAAUCCCACCAGUGACAAAAAUAACUUGAAGAGAGGAGAAGGGUCAAGUGUGUGCUGGUGAAGAUCACUCAGUCUCUGUACAGGAGGCAAGAGUGUUUACUGGGGACCCCUGAAAAAGUAUUUCCAAACUCUUAGGAACACUGGAUGAAAGUGUUAUGAACACAUCCAUAGUGUUCUUUAGAAUGCCUUCCUGCUGCAAGGCCACACCAGGGAGAGGUGGUUUGCUUUAUUUGCCAUUAAGACCAGGGAUGCUGUCACUUAAAGCUUAGCACAGCAGCUACAUCCUGUUAUGCUCUUUCCUUUCCUCUUGGACUUCCCAUUAUGCCUUGGUUCCUUUUAACCAGAGAACAGAAAGAAUUCCACAGAUAUGCUCAGGUGAUCUUAAAAACUCUCGUAGGGGCAUGAUUCCCUUGAAAGCAUUCUUGCUAGGUGAUGCUCCCCAGUGCCAAGCUCCGAGGUACCCAACUUGAUCUGCCUGUUCUAAAUUCAGUAUCUCUGGCUGCUUACUUAUCAUACCAUGUUGCUAAGGCUUCAGCCUUUAUUCCUACUCCCAGUAGGUAAGGAUACAGUUUUUAAAUUUUUUAUCCUCUGCAAAAGGAUUGAGAAAAGCUAGAAUGAUUGGUAGCUUAAUACAGCAGUUGCUCUCUGAAUAGGUUUACAAAUGGGAAUAGCUACAUACUCAGCAUCACUGAGAAUUUGCCUAAAUGCAACCUAGAAAAUUAAACAAUCCCCAUAGUGGACUCAGCUCUGAUGGUUCUCAAGAAGUGAUACUUAGGCAAAAACUAUAUCUUAUCCAAUAUCUUUGGGUUAAAAGCUAACUAACCAAUGAGGACAAGGAUAUCCUCCCUACCUUUAAGGAUGCUUCAAUUUGCCUUAGAUUCUUUCCUGCAAAGCUUUCACUCAUCAGUAAAUAUUAGCUACCUCAGAAACAGUGAGUGGCAGAAAUUGUGCCUCUGGGGCAAAAUUAGGGACUGGGCAGAGUGCAGCUACCUGAAUGUAGGCAGAAUUAAACCAGCCAGAAUGUGCUCCAAGUGUCCAAGGAGGAAUUUGGCCACAGCUGUGGGCCAAUGCGCCUGUUGUUACUUUAGGUUUAUUCAGUUAGAGUCACAAGCAAAGUAAAUUGAGCAGCAUGUUUUGUUUGAAUAUUACCUUGGAAGAAUGUGUAAAUAGAUUAACAAACCCUAAAGGACCAGUGAUGAGCACCAGGCUCCUCCUUUAUCCCCAUGCUCAGGCUGGGUUUUAAAAAUUCAUUUCAGAAUGAUAAGAAUAAAAGCAGAAGAGUGGAUACACCUUUUGUUUGAUGCCACAGAAAUGUUUUCCUGCUUCUCCAUCCUGGACAGACCUACUGUGUGUGGACUACAAUGAAAACAAAAACAAAAACUGCAUGUAGUGGCUGUCAAGUUGUAGAAGGGCCUGCCUGAGAAGUGGUGGUUUUGGUGCACUUGAAUCUUACUUUUGUCUUGACCAACAUGUUGUCUGACACUGUCACUGCGUUCAGUUGACCUGGUGCUUCAGAAGAUUGGCAUGGAUGAACUAUUGCAAUUGAUUGCACAGGCCUCAUAUUUCUGGAGGCUGCAGGAUAAAUAAGCCAUGCCUUUCAGAAAGACUUCUCAGUUCUACCAUUUUUAGUGCCAUGUAGUGAUUGAUCAUCUCACACUCCAUUCAGAGUGAGGCAUUUUGACAAGUUUUCACUCACAGUUAAACAGAGGGGGAUGAGGAUGAUGUCAGGGCACCCUGUUUUCAGGAAGAAGCUGAUAUUUUUCCAUGUAAGUCUUGUGCUUUGGCUGAAUGGCAGAUGAGUUUUCCAAUAGUAUAAGAAGCUAGAAGUAAGAGGCCAGAGAAGGAGUAGAGGGAGAUGCAGUAUAAAAAUGGAAUGGUUUCCUGGGAAGGGGGUCAUGUAUCCUUAAUCAGAACUUUUAAGUGACAUCCAUAUCUAUGGCUUCUCACUGUUAGGAGAGUACAUCUAAUGCUCCCCCUAACAUCCAGGCUAUAAGACUGCAAUAAGGACUUUAUUAAAGAGGUUUACCACAUCCAGGCUGCAGUAGCUAUGCUGCUGAUCAGCCCUGUGACCUAACCUGUUCAGUGAGGGGAUCUCAUGGCCCACUCCAGCAUGACCAGUCUGGGGUCUGUGUCUCACGACCUUGAACAUCAGUCAGUAAUCCUACUCCAAAAAAAGAGAAGAGGUUUGAAAAAAAAAAAGAAUGUCCAAGAGGGUUUUAAGUGGAAAUUGUGUACUAUGACAGAGUUCCUUGUAAAUAUUUUCAUCAGAGAGAAACUAGGGAAGUGACAGGAGCACCUCCAUAUCUCAUUUGCUUGUCAUUUGGCCUGACUCUGAAUGGUGGCCCAGAUGUAUCUUUGGUUUUAUUUGUUUGCUGCAUUCUUCACCCACAGUUGGUAAAGGCAGAAUUGUCCACUAUUGCUAACUACUCUUUUGCCAGGGAAGUUCUUCACUUUCUUCCCUUUCCAAAUAGGAGACUGACUUUCACCCUUUUCCUGCUUCUUCCUUCCUUCCCUCCCUUCCUGGUAGGGAUCUAUGUCUCAUUCAAAUCUGUCCUCUUAGCAUGGUGUUUGGUACAUAGCAGAUGAUCAAAAUGUAUUAGUCAACUGCAUUGGUUAAAAACUAGAUUGAGAAAAUGAGAAGGAAGACAUGGGAUUAAAACUAGAGUUUAACAUAAUCAGCCAUGUUUUAUUAAAAUAGAAAUUAGUCUGACACUGAUGGCUCGCAUCUAUAAUCCUAGCUAUGCCAGAGGCAGUG